AUGUCACCCGACCUUCUACCUCUACUAAUCUCGACACUACUCUUCGCCGGAGCUUCUGCGGCGGACGGGCCGCAGAUGUACUCGGUUAGCAGUUCCCAGUCGUCGUCGAGCAUGAUGGCCAGCGACGGAUCGAAGCAAGUCUCCGCACAGACCGGCUCCUCCUCGCAGUCGUCUUCGACCCUGGACGCCGACGCCGACGGCGACGUUCACCUCGUCGAGGACUCCUCCAUCAAAGGCUCCUCUUCCGUCAACGUCAACGAUAACGGCGUCGUAUCUGGAGAUUCGCAGGAGCUCGGCGCCGAGCAGCACUCGGAGCAGUCCGGCAAUGAGGAAAAAGGGCUUCUGCACUCGAAGCAGUACGAGAAGGGAUCACUUCAGCGCGCUUCUUUCGGGAACCUUUUCGGAAAUCGGAAACAGGCUCUUGUCGCUGACAGAGGCCUGCAGUGGGACAACGGACACGUGACCAUGCAGAAAGAUAAAGGUUUCAUUUUUGAUCUAAUCAAUUCAACUAUUCACAAAUUAAGGAAACGCGACCGUCGCCGAGAUGGUGGACAAAUUCCGCAAAAACAUUCUCAGGUCCAAUCAAGUCGGAAAAUCUUCGCUCCUCGAAUAACUCUAACUCAAUUUUUCAUUGUUUUUGUGGUGUGUUCGAAUGAAAUGUUUUAUUUCGAAAAUUUCUUGUGAAUAUUGUCCUAACCAGAUGAACAAAAAAUCACUAGCCGGAUCGAAAUUUCAAGAAUUUGCCCUUUGACUUUAAAAAGAUUUUUUUGCGAGUAAAUAUCCUUACAGCCGCCAUUUUCUUUCACAGCCUCAGAAAAUAAUCGCACGGAGCUCAGAUGUUCGUUCAUCUAUUCAAAAAAUGUUUACAUGAUCCAAACGAAAAAGGCGCAAUAUGCUGAUUUGGUAUUGAAUUUUAAUUAGAACAAUGAGAAAAAGUUCUAAAUUAUUCAUGUUAGUUCCCAUGAAAUGACAUAUUUAAACAAGUUUGAUUUCGUGGGGUUUUACAUUUUUUUUUCUAGGAUUUUUUAAUUUUUCAAUUUUCGUUUUAGCUUGCUGCGGGAAACGAUGGAAAUUUCAGCCAAAAAGAAUUUUUCCAAAAAACUCAAGUAUCGAAUUUUUCUACAUUUAACGUAUUUUUCGAUAUGUUAAAAACCUUCUUUUUCUAUUCUCCGAGACAUUUGAAACUAAAAAACAGGGAAAUUGAGGUUAUUUAUCAGCCACCGGUGUAGUUUCUAAGAAUUUAAAGAAAAUUGAUGAUUGAAUGAAGGAUAGAUGGAAUGUAGAGCCAUAUGCUUUAUUUUUACUUGGAAACCUUUUUUCUGGUUCUAAACAAUUCCUAACACGCCUGAAAGCUUUUUUUGAACAGUUCGCAAACAAAAAAUGUACAAAAUGAUGACCGAACCGGUACAAAAAAAGCAAGCGAUAUUUUUCUUUAAUAGUAAACCUAUAAUGAAUCAAAAAAAAAGUGGUCGAUUUCAGGGAAAUGCGCGUGUUGGGCUCAGCAGCCCUGGUACUUCUGGUUCUCCUGCCAGUGUUCCAAGCAAAAUGCUACAAUCAGCGACCGCCUCGGUUCAACCAACAGGUUCGGCUGACCGAGCAAGAGCUCAACGACUACUACAACUCCAAGUACGACCACGAGACCUGGAGCGAAGACUGCGAGACGAACGAGGAGGAAUGGAUGCGUGAAUACAUCAAGACUACCGUCAACCAGGCGCAAGUCAGACCUUUCUGCUCUGACGGCGCCCCUCCGCAAGGACCUGUCGUUUCCACUGGCGACGCUCUCUAUGUCACCACUCCUCCGACUCCUAUCCCAAACAAUCGGCUCAGUACCCGAGGCCGUCCGGUUCAAAUCCAACCAGCGCCGACUCGAAGAGUCCUUGUUCAAAGACCAGCUCCCACCCAACAACCUCAGCCUCAACAAGGUCCUACGCCUGUGCCUCAAUAUCCUGUAAAUCGCCACGGCGGACACCAAGAGUACUAUGAGAACAACGAGAGCCGAAGCAGCCAAAGUAAUAGCAGUAGCAGUCGUCGGAUCUAUGGUUCAGACGGCCACGGCUAUCCAGCCCCUUCACAAGGCCAACCUGGUGUUAGGCAAUCUGGCGAUGGCGGCUAUGAGCCAUACAAUCGCCCUACAGGGAGACACCCGAAGCCGUCUCGGACGAGAGUUCCUGGAACCAGAGGACCUGGAGGCAGAGGUAAUGGACCAAGAGGUCCCGAAGGAAGACAUCCUGGACCCAGAGGAGGCGGAAUAAGAAGGGACUACUCGGCGAACUCGCAACAGAGUCAAAACAGCAACAGCUCCCACAGGAGCGUCUAUGGACAAUACGGCCAGCAGAUCAACGGCAACAGUCCGAACACACAGAACAAUCGCCAUGACACCCCCCAAAGAGGUUACUACGUCGGCACGCAGUCUCAACAGGACACCCGUCAGAACACACAGCAGAACUCUCAUUAUGGUCAGACUCAGGGAGGGCAGCAGAUUCGGCAGAACAAUGGACAGGUGCAGUACGGCCAGACUCAACAGGAAAGCCGCCAGAACUCCCAGAACUCUCAGAGUCAGCAGAUUCGGCAGAAUAAUGGACAGUCGCAGUACGGCCAGACUCAAGGAGGACAGCAAGUUCGGCAGAACAAUGGACAGUACCAGUAUCAGCAGGCCGAUAGCAGUCAAACUUCUCGACAAGCCAGUUCAAGCUCUAAUGGCUCGUAUGGCACAUAUGGCGGUAGUUCUAACAACGGCCGCAAUAGUGGGAACGGUCAAGGAGAGUUAUUGGUGAGUUUUAAUGGAAAUUUUCGUCAAAAAUUUCCUUCGAGAGAAAAAAGGUACUUGAAGAUGAUCCUCCAUAUUUGUAAUUAGAAAACUAGAGCUUAUAAAAUCCAAAAAGUGAAACGGAAAAGUUCCUUUGAAGAUUAUCUUAGAGAAGUGGAAAGAUACCUUCAAAAACUCCUAAUGGCAGCAAAAAGCUUUCGAGCUUAUUUUUCAUAGCCUUAGAGGAUCUUUUUUGAAUCUCCUGGAAUCUUUCAACUCGCUUUUAGCAUUUUUUUUUUUCAAGUCAGAAAAUAUGAAGAUUUUUUAAAGCUUUCAAGUUUUUUUUCUAUUUCGCCCGAGUUGCUAGGCGUUUGGAGAAACUUCAAAUAGUGAAAAGAUAUAGAAGCUUUCAGAAAUAUUCUGAAAAUUGCUUCUGAAACUUUAGAAAAAAUCUAGAUUCAAUAACUACAUAUGUACCAUAAAUGAAAAGAAAACCCACAGAACGGCAACCGUGGGUUAAUUCGAAGAGAAGACAGCUAUAGCAGCGACAGCAGCAGCAACUCCGACUCACGCAGUUCACAGCAGGUUCUUUCUCAGCUUUGUUUUCUGAAAAAUCAGCACAGAUAAACUUAACACAGAACUUAAAAACCAAACGAAACUUGACUAAAAAAGAGAAAGAUCAAUAUGACCCGUAGAGCAUCAUUGCCGCAAAUUUCACCACGCGAAAAAUCAAAGGUUUUUAGUUAGUCUUUCUAAUCUAUUUUCCUUAUUAUUAAUGCGGUUUUGUUCCAAAGAACAGAAGAUUUUUGAAAACUGGGGCUGAUUAGAACUGAAACCAUUUGGAACCCGUGAAAAAAAAUUUUUUUUUUUUGAAAUUUUGACUUGGAAGCUAUGAGUAUGACCCCAGGAAGCAAGUGGACCAUUUCUUUUUUUUUUUUAGAACAAUUGAAGAUUGAUUAUUUAGUAUGAAUACGGAGGCGGUGCCGGCGGGAGCAGCAGCGGCACUGGAAAUGGGUACGGCUUCAGCGGAUCCUUCCAAUCAAGUUCUUCGAGUCACCAAGAAUCGUCGUCGUCUUCGAGAUCUUCGUCUCGCGUCUACACAGAGGACUCGGGAGACAUCGGCGCUUCCAACACAUCAAACCAAAAAAUCUUUUAUACCUGA